GCAACUCCCGCUCAGAGGGUGGCGCUAGAGGGUUGUCGACGCCGUCCGUUCACCAUAUCAAGACCUAAAUCAGACGAAGCGAAUCAAGCAGCCUUCGUGGCACACUUCUUCUUCGAGAAGCCCGGGUCAGAAGACAGCAUGGCUUCUCUUGUCGGUUGUGAGCAUUAUGUGCGCGGCUGUUUGUUAAAAGCGCCGUGCUGUGGGAAGCUGUACGUGUGUCGCCUGUGCCAUGAUGCUCAGGAGAACCACCAGAUGGAUCGUUUCAAAGUCCGAGAGGUGCAGUGCUCCAAGUGCAACACCCUCCAGCAGGCCCAACAAACAUGUCAGCAGUGCCAGUUCCAGUUCGGGGAGUACUACUGUGACAUCUGCCAUCUUUUUGACAAGGAUAAGAAGCAGUACCACUGUCAGCCCUGUGGAAUAUGCAGGAUUGGACCCAGUGAGAAGUACUUCCAUUGUGACAAAUGCAACUUGUGUUUAGCCGAGGAUCUGAGAGGAAACCACAGGUGUGUUGAAAAUGUGUCGAGGCAGAACUGUCCGGUGUGCAUGGAGGAUAUGCACACGUCCAGGAUCGGUGCUCACGUCCUUCCAUGUGGCCAUCUUUUACACAAGACCUGCUUUGAUGACAUGGUCAAAACAGGCGUGCACCGCUGCCCUCUGUGCAUGCAGUCUGCCUGGAACCUGGAGUACCACUGGAAACUGCUUGACAAAGAGAUCGCUCAGACCCCGAUGCCCUCUGAGUACCAGGAUGCUACAGUCAAAGUUAUCUGCCAUGAUUGCCAAACCCACUGCACAGUCCCGUUCCACGUGUUGGGACUGAAGUGCUCAGGCUGUGGCUCCUACAACACGGCCCAGGACGGAGGACUCAUCUGGCAGCAGGAAGGCCAGAACCUCCCGAAUGAAGGAGAGGCGGAGCAGCAGGAUUAGCCUGAGCGACGUCUGUCCAGCUGUAUGAAAUCUGUACAAAGGGACACUCUGCUGCUGCACCUGUAUUUAUUUGACUCGCUCAGAGAGUAGAUUGAGCCAAUGCUUGUCCAUAUUCCAUCCGUCUCUUGGACCUGCUUUCACUCUUCAGGGCUGGAAUCUAUCCCAGCAUGCAGCUGGGAGCCUGAAGGACACACUGUGGACAGUGGCCGUCAGUUGGAGCACUUCCACACGGACAGGUCAGAGUUGAUCUGAUCCGCAUGCCUUUUAGACUGUGACAGGUAACCCAUGGAGGUUCACAGAGUCUCGGUCAAACCCAGGAAAUAGUUUGAACUGUAGCUGUGAGCAGUUAGGAUUGUCCAUUUGUGAUUGGUUAAGGGAACAUGUUCUGUGAAAAUACUGUAAGAGGACUUUAGCUUGUGUAUUGUAAUACCAGAACAGUAGAAAACAAAUCCUCUUUUUUUCUUGGAAUGUUCUGCUUCCGUUUGCUGUAUUGCUAAUUCAAGCUAAUGACAGGAAGUGAUGACAGCAAAUGUCACCAGUUGGACAUGAACGACUCCUGAUCUUCAGACUUUCUGGAGACUGGCAGCAGAAAACUCACACUUGAACAUGUAAAACUACUCGCAUCUUUCAGUUUCUCUUGAUUCCUCAAUAAAUGCAUGAAAACUUUGA